AUGUUUUCUCUUCAAAGAACCUCCCGUAUUGUAUCUUCCAUCGUCAAAAACAACAAUAACUUAUUUCCUUCUGUACCAUUGAUUCGCUCAUUUUCUUCAUCUUCCGUGAGCAGAAGUGGUGGUCAUGGUAACUCUGCAUAUAUUCACAAUACUGCUGAAGAAGAAUCUUAUAAAUUAGAUGCUGCUUCUGAACAACAUUGGAAAAUGAUUGAUGAACACUUUGCUGAAUCUAUUGAAGGUUUGGAUUUGGACUCUCUUCCACCAAUCGAAAUUGAUGGUGAAACAGCUGUUUGUAAUGGAUUCCACUCAAACGGAAUGGGUCACCCAACAGAAUACAUUAGAAUUAACCACACUACCCCUGAACGUUGCAAAUAUUGCGGAGUUAGAUAUAUUAGAAAACAUUAAUUUCUUUAAUUGAUUUAGUAAUAUUUAUCAACACAACUUUGCGAAUUUUAUCACAUCACAUUUUCUCUCACCACAUUAUUUGGUCUUUGUCAAUAAAAAGUAUUAAAUUGGUAUUAUUUUAAUAU